UAAAGCCUCGCUAUGACUCUUGAAUCUGAUAACAGUCAUCCCUCUUGUUUGGAUUUUGCCUGACAACGUUUUGAAGAAUUCAGACACCUAACUGGAUAAAUGUGACCUGCUUUGGGAAAGUUAUCUGUGAAGCUCUGUCUAGAAAGUUUGUCCGUUUUUAUCACGGCGAGGAAUUUUCCAACGGAUAUGUGGAGAAUGUAAACCAGACUUUUCGGAUCGCUUUUGUUUAAGGAAACGUAUCUUGGAGGAAAAUAUAGGCCCGUACCUCAUCUCUCCGCCUCUUUAGGUCUGCCCUACAUCUCUCUCCUCUUGGUCCCUUGUAGUUUUGCACUCUGUCCCACAUUUAUCUAGCGAUCCUCGCCACUAUCCGCUUGGUCGUUGCUGCGUAAAAGUCGACGCGCUGCGCUUGGAAAUGUGGCUUUUUUACGCACGAUAAGGUCUCCAAAAUGGACUUACGAUCCGAACUCCUCAAGUCCAUCUGGUACGCUUUCACAUCGCUGGACGUCGAGAAGUGUGGGAAAGUCUCCAAGUCGCAGUUAAAGGUGCUUUCUCACAACCUGUACACAGUGCUGAACAUCCCACACGACCCUGUUGCUCUGGAGCAGCACUUCCAGGAUGACGAUGAUGGGCCGGUGUCUAAUCAUGGCUACAUGCCCUACCUCAACAAAUACAUACUGGACAAGGUCAAAGAGGGGAUGUUCGAUAAGGAGAAGUUUGACGACCUGUGCUGGAUGAUGACCAGGAAGAAGAAUUUCAAGGGCGUACCAGCGGGGGCGCCGCUUUCUGAAAGAGACUGUUUCAAGCUCUUCUGCUUAUUCAACCUCCUGUCUGAGGACCGCUACCCGCUGGUGAUGAUACCAGAGGAGCUAGAGUACCUCCUCAAGAAAAUCUUGACAGCGAUGAGCCAGGAGUGGGAUGAGAAGCCCUUGGAGGACUUAAUAUCCCAGGAUGCCUCAGUGCGGGACGAGGGCAUGUCUGUGUGGAGCUUCCUGGAGCACAUGAUCGCAGGCCGGCUGCUGAGAGUCACCAGUGCCGAGGCCUUCAGUCUGGCUCUGAAUGAGGUUUUUCUGGAGAUGUAUCACAACGUCUUGAAGAGGGGUUAUAUGUGGAAAAAGGGGCAUGUACGAAGGAACUGGACUGAACGCUGGUUUGUGCUGAAGCCUGCAUCCAUGGCUUACUAUGUCAGUGAGGUCCUUAAAGACAAGAGAGGGGAGAUCAUGCUGGAUAAGAACUGUGUGGUAGAGCCUAUUCCUGACAGAGAGGGGAAACGCUGCAUGUUCUGUGUGAAAACACACAAUAAAACCUUUGAGAUGAGCUCCUCAGACCAGAGACAGAAGGUGGAGUGGACUCAAGCUAUACAGACCGCACUCCGUCUCCUGAGCGAAGGUAAAACCUCCCUACACCAAGAACUCAAACUGAAGAGGCGGGUCCACAGGGAACACAGCCAACGAGAGCGCUCCAGGAGCUCCCGCAGCAGCUGCAGCAGCCGCAGCAGCCAAUCAGACGACUCGAAUUUCCAAGAGCUGGAGAAGAUGGAGAAAGACAAAGACAGACAGGAUCUGGAGAUUGAAAGCAUCAUACAGCAUGCACGUGAACUUGAAACCAGAAGAAGAGAGGCAGAGGAGAAAGAGAGGAGGAAACAGAAGGAGGUGCAGAUGGAGUUGGAGAGACAGCUGAAAGAGGCCGAGACGUUGAGAGACAGCAUGCAGGCCGAGAUGCAGGAGAAGGACAGAGAGGCUGAGCAGCAGAAGAAGAGGAUCCAUGAUUUGGAGCUGACGCAGCGGAAACUCGAAGCUGCUCUCCACAUGGAGAUCCAGGCUCGGCUGGAGGAGGAGAGAGCGAGACAGGAGCUGGAGAGGGUGUUGCUCGUGGAGGAGGAGAAGAAGAAGCAGUUCAAGCUCCUGCAGGAGCAGCAGAGAUCCCUGAAGAGCCUCAGCACCAUACAGGAGGCUCCGGACGGCAUCACAGACAAGGUCACCCCCUCAGCACUUCACUCAGCCUCCAUGGAACUUCAGGACCUGCGGGCAUCACGCCAGAGGAGCCACCAGCGCCUGGAGGAAGUACAAGAGAGGCUGAGGAAUGCCAGUCAACAUGUGCGGCACUGGAACGUCCAGCUGAACCGUCUGAUGACACCCCUCUCUCCUGGAGAACGUUUGGAACAUCGCCUAUCAUCAAAAUUCAUGUGUCCCAAAAAGGAAGGAGCACUGGCGAGUAAUGAGUUUAUCUCUAAGUUCAAGAUAAGACCCAAUCAGAACAUGCAGAUAUCUGAAGACGACGAGAGGCUGGGGGAGCAGCUGGAGGCCAUCAACUUGUCCGAUGGAACGGACGACACGCAGGGAAAAGCCAACGGACAAAUGUGAUCUCCAGGGAGACACCCGGGGGGGAAUAAUCUUUCUAAUCUACAAGUCCAGACAUGAAAAAAGAAUAUUUUUAUUGGUUUAAGGUAGAGUGAAAGGUAGAUGGAGAGAGAAUGCAAACAGCAUUUUUUUUGUAUUUAUAUGUUGAAAUACACACGAAGAUGGAGAGUGAAGAUGACAUGAUGAGAUUGGUGAAAACACAUCUGAGUAAUUUCAACUGAGAUUUACAAUUUUGUACAAUAAAAGUUUUAUUGCUGAAUUAAUGAUAA